AUGUCCCACAGGCCGCCGCCUCCUCAGGGCUUUCCUGGCGUGAAGCGGCGCGCGCCGGAAGGUGACUUGAGUUUGGUGCUGGUCCCGCCUCCGCCCACCUGUUUGCCCGGAUCCAAAGCAGACCGGCUUCUGGAGGACGAAACGAAGUGCAGAGGCUUUGGUUGCGAGGGAGCUUCCGGCACCAGAACAUCCAGAAGUUUGGUCUUGGCCCCCCCGCCGCCAAUCGGACUGCCGUGUGCUCCGCGGGCACCGCUGUCGGAUUCUUGCUUUCUUGCACCACCACCUCCUGUGGGUCUGCCCGAAGUGGCCGGCAGACUUUCAACACCGGGGCUCCCAAACGCAGAGCCCUCGCACUCGGUGGUCGUCAGCAACAGUUGCUCCGCAUCAGAGUCCGGCGAGGACUCAGACGAUGAUGUGCCAGUCGAGAAUGGAGAGAGGCACCGGAGCGACAUGGAGGUUCUUUUAGCUCACCGAUCCUCGCUGCUGAGAACGACCUCACGACAGACUCGCCUCAGCGAGGACAUUCCAGCAAGCGCUCAUGAGCUAGCACGUGAGACGCGAUCAGAGGACCAGCACCCCUUCAAGCCUUCGAAGUUGUCGUUUUUUGAACGCGUCUUCCGCCACGGCGGGUCAGACUUCAGAGAAGCAGGUGGGAGACAAAGCAUGCUUCACCAACUUCAGCAGGACAUGGCAGGACUGGAUGAUGCCUGGUUCGGACGCUGGUCCAGCCUGCUUUCGAAAGAAGGCUUAUCCUGCACAAAGGUUGCUACAAAUGGAAAGCCUUACGCUCGCCGGCUCCAUGUCGACUGCAGGAACAUGAUCGUCGAGAUUCAUGGAGGCCGCAGUGGGACAGUUGGUAUUUUGCUCGAUGACGUCGUCGAUGUCUGCAAGGACCUCGAAAGCUCGGAAUUCGCUCGAUAUCGGCAGCACAAUGCCAGGCAUGAGCACAAAGAAAUGGCUUGCCGAGCCUUGAUCUUGCACACCCCUGCGCGGUCGUUCUCCUUUCUUUUCGCCAAUGCCUCGCAGCGGGACGUCUUCGGUCAAUUCCUCAUGUAUCUGCUCAAGAAGCGCCGAGGGACGAUGUCAGUCGAUACCGUUUCCGCAGCCACGACUGCGCGCGACGACGUGGAUGAGCUCCCUGCGUCAGAAGCAAGCUCUUACCCUCCGAAAGAGGGCCGCGGGAAAGUGGCAUAUCCCGACAGCUCGUGGUACGAGGGCGACUUCAGCGCGCACCAGCGUCACGGCCAAGGGACACUUCACCUGCUGGACGGCAGCAAGCACGAGUGCCAGUGGCAGAAUGAUGAACGCCACGGGCCAGGGCGAGAACAUUGGGCAGAUGGCACCGUCUUUCGCGGCCAUUACGUUCAUGGACUACGUCAUGGCCAGGGAGUGAUGACGUGGCCUGAGGGAUCCAGGUACACGGGGCUGUUCGAACGAGGUCGUGCAAAUGGCGAUGGGGAGUUGGUGCGCACGGACAACUCAGUCUACCGAGGUCAGUUCAAGGAGGACUGCAUGAGUGGAGAUGGCUGUAUGCAGUGGGUCGAUGGUGUCGAGUACAAAGGCCAGUUUGAGGCCAACCGGCGACAUGGCUUCGGGAAGAUGGUUUGGACGUCUGGCAAAUGGAAGAGCUAUGAAGGCUCUUGGAAGGCCGGUGUUCAACAUGGCCGCGGCAUUCUCACAGACCAGAAGGAUGUUGCGUACGUCGGACAUUUCCUGGACGGCAAGAUCGAUCACUGGGAGGGGAACCCUCCUGACUCAGGCUUCUGA